UAUAUUUAAUGCCACGAUGAAACGGCCAAUCAAGCCACGGUGAGGGCGACCAAUGCCCCCCCUGACCGCACUGGAGAAGGAAGGGAUGCGCGUUCGACCCGCCUCGAGGACACUCUUAAUGAAUAAUGAUCCCUCUUCUUCCCUCAGGAGAACAACUGAACGGUCAUUUCAAAACAUUCCUUUCAUUGACACUAAUUUCAUUCGUCCCCAGUCUAGGGACUUGGCCAGACCUUUUAACUAACUCCUACCUCUGUUUGUUUUUUUUCCGUCGUGGACUUUUCGUUCUCUCUUUCUCUUCGUCUCUUGGAUCUCGUGCGUGGAUUGACACUCUCUUCCGCUCGUUCUUUUUAACGAUUUGCUUGUUUGUCUUCUUUUUUUGCUUGUUUUUGCUGGCCAUCCAUCCCACGACGUUGCUUUUGGACAUUGAACAUUGUAUACUACGUAUUGAUCUGUCCUUUAUGUCAUGAUCCAGUCCUUUCCCCGGUUCUUCCUCUGAUUCAAUCCUCUACGUCAUGGAAGACAACAAUAUCACGGGAACCGAGUCAGCUGCGCCGGAAGCGUCCCAUGGGUUGCAACGCUCGUCGUCCGACCACUUCGACGACCCGCAACAGCUUCAACUCCGUCAGCAGAAACGCGCCUCUCUUCCCGCCCGACCCCAUGGAGCCGCUCGUCACAAGAAACGGUUGACCUUGAACUUCCCCAUUAACGUACCUCCCCUGACGACGGAGUUGGAUUCGAACGUUGCAUCUCCCAGUUCCAUGACGCCGGUGACUCGGCCGUCGACCCGACACUCGCAUAUCCCCGCUAUCAGCACGCCCGUAGGCUUUGACGACCAAGACGAUGGGGCCGGCCUCUUGACCGCCAUUGCGUCCCAGGAACGAAAAGUGCUGGAGCUCCGCGAGGAGCUCCAACGGGCUGAAACUGAGCUGGACUCGUUGAAGCGGCAGUGGGAGACAUCGCAGAAGACCAAGAAACGCAUCGAUAUCAGCCAUCGUGCCGAACCGCUGAUCCCGCUGCGAUCCCCCGACAGGCCAGGUGCCGACGAGACGAUCGGUCAUAGUAGGGAACACAGCGUGGCCAGCUCGGAGAGCCCGUCCGUCACGCAACCACGUUUCAGCCGGGAGCUGGAGCGUCGUCACAGCGUGCGCGCUGCGGCCGCGAAGGGUACAAAAAUCUCCGCGAAUGGACGACGGGUGUUCCAAGGUUCCCAUACUCGGACCUUGUCCUUGUUGUCGCCUUCCGUGGGCCCUGGCAGCACCCUGCCGGGAUUGGAGGCCGAAAUGGGCCAGCCAGAUCAGGAUCGCAUGGGUCGAUCGCCACGGUCUGCGACCUUGCCGUCGGCGGAGCGGAGCCCCAUGGUUACGAGUCCGACCGAAGACGUGAUCGCGCAGUGGCGGAAGACGAUGCCUCCCCCAUCGCGGGAGGCGCUGAUGCGUACGGGUAAACAGAUGGCAUCCGAUUUGCGCGAAGGUCUCUGGACUUUCUUAGAAGAUAUCAGACAGGCAACGGUGGGAGAAGAAGGAAUCAGCGCCACCGAAUCGAGAGCGGUGCCGCCCCGGAGCUCAAGUUCGCGCGACCGGUUAUCGAUGCAAGGAGGCAUAUCCUCGCGAUCCGCCUCCUCGUCGCGGGGCAAAGGUGCGGGAGCAAAAUUAUCUGGUAAAGACUCUAAAUCGGCGGACAUAGACGCGUCGUUCUGGAGUGAAUUCGGCAUUGAUACAAGUGGGCAGACGUCCAGGAAUGCUCACAGAGCCUCCACUACCCCAAGCGGGCCGAACGAACAAAACGCGUCCCAUCAUCUCGACACUGAGGACAACUGGGACGAGUGGGACACCCCUCAACCGAAAAAGAUGCAUACCCCCUCGUCGAGUCAGUCUACGUGGGAAUCGAAGCAAGAUCAGUCACCGGUGACUCAGGCCAGCAGUCCCCGCACGAGUACUAGUUUUGGUGAUUGGCGCCCACAGCAUGACUCUUCUGUCCCUGACCCCAGCGUCUCUGAUGGUAUUCCCUGGCCUGCCCUGACCGACCUGCCGUCCCCGAAGCUGCCCCGAACUGCAACCAACCUGAUGGCUGAAUGGGAGCGUAGCCUCUCCCCCUCGCUGAAUUCCCCCACCUUCGACAAGGAGGACAAGAAAGACUAAGUCUGUCACUUUCCUCUUUUACCUUUCUCUUCUGGGCCUUCCAAUCCCCCUUUUUUUUUAAUUUUCCGGGAUGCUACUGUAAAUAUGGACAUGAACAUGCACGAUCUAGCCUUCGUGGAGGCGUGACUGAUAUAUUAGAUCUUGAGCAUGAGACAAGAAACGGAUAACGCAGGGUUAUGAUUGAUCCCAAUGCCUUUUACGACCAGCGUUCUAUUUCUCGACGUUCCUUUUCGAUUUUAUCUUUCUUGACAUUCUUUCUUCCCUCAUUAUAUUUGUUUGUUUUCGUGUACAACUUCUUUGACGAACCGAAGGAUUAUUUUAUACAGAUACAUGCCAGAAGCAAAAAUGUGACAAUACAAAUCAAAUCAAAUCAACUCAACUCAAUCUCUUAUUAAA